AAUAUAAAAGUGGGGGGUAAGAGUCAGAGGAAUCUCGGAUUAUAUAGAGGGUUGCGUGGGGGUAUAAGAGUCAGAGGAAUCUCGGAUUAUAUAGAGGGUUGCGUGUGUAUAAUUUUUAAGAAAAACAUCCACAGUAAGAUGGCAGAUUUCUUUCGGACCCUGUUUUCCCACUUGUUUGCAGUGUAGCAAAAUUAAGUUAUAAGUAGCAGCAUGUCAUUGUCGCUGAAAUAUUGUUACAUUUUGUGAUACAAUGUAGAUGCAAUACACGUAUCAACACUUUGUCACGAGUUGCGUCCCUUUGCGGGGUCAACCUUGGUGAAAAACCAAGUUUUCCUUCUUUACCUUACCAAAUGCAACACAUUACUUUGAAUUUUAGCUAAUUAUUAAAUUUUCAUACAAGUUAAUGAGUUGCCCCAAUCUGGGGCAUUAUUGUAGUUGACUGCAAUUGAUGGAAAAAUAACAGAUGUCAAAGCUACAGAUAAGAAAAUUACAAAAGCCAAUAUAGGGAAAUACAAUUUUUAACCGGGAGAUGGUCGACAAGGGACGUAACUUGCGUGAAGUGUUGAUACUUGUAUACUCAUGAACAUGUUUGGUUUGAUAUGCCAAGUUGAAUCACAGGGGCAUUUUAUCAGCUCUGUUCUCUAUCACAUAUAUAAAUACACGUGUAUUUAUAUAUAUAUAUAUAUGUGUGUGUGUGAUGGAGAACAGAGUGGAUAAGAUGCCCUGUAGUUGAAUUUGGGUUUGAGGCCUGGUCCAGCCAAAUAUUUUCUCCACUCCUAUACUACAGUUUAUGCCAUUGACCACCCCUGCACUGCAGGUUGUCCUGCUGGGCGCCAAAACAAUCUGAUUUGUGUGUCUUCAAGGGUGAAGACAAGUUAAAGGAGGGAGGAAUGUAGUAGUUAGGGCUAUAUGGACUGUGGAUAUUGGCCUGGAUAGCUUAGUGGUUAAAGCACCUAAAUGCAGGGGACACAGGUUUGAUUCCUGGUCCAGCCAUAGAUUUUAUCCUCCCCUAUACUACAAUAAGAUGUGCAUUAAUGUUGUAAUAAACAUUUUACAGAAUAUUAUACAUAUAUGUACCUGAAGCAAACCUUUAUUUUUAGACAACAUUUAAAGAGUCUCUAUAAGCAGAUAUAUGAUUACAUAAUGUUUUAUAGACAUGAGAACAGAUGAAUUACAUGAUUCAGAAUUAAGAAUUAACACACAAUAUUUUUAAUACUUUUCCUUUACAACUGUGCAAGGGCAAUUAAUUUAGAAUUGUUUUUAAUCUUCCACACAAGUUUUACAAUUGUAACAAUAUCUAUGUUUCCCAGGAAUGAUAAGAUGUUUGAAAUUUUGUCAAUUCAUAAAGCAACAUGUACAAUUUUAAAGAGGUUCAAAGGUUUGAUUUAAUGGAGUUGUAUACAGACAAUGUCAGACAUACAUCUGGUUUUUAGCUCUUCUGAGCCGAAGGCUCAAAGAGCUAAUGCUAUGGCCAUUUGUGCGGUGUGCGUAAACUUUUUAGAAAAAGGGCUAUAACUCAAGAACCCCUUGGCCAAUUUUUUUUCAAAUUUGUUACAGGGUAUCAUUGGCCCAAGGGCUUUCAUACAUACUAAAUAGAGGGAUGUGACCCUUUAACAAGGGGAGAUAAUCAGGAAAAUACAAACAAAAGUAGUGGUUGCUAAAAAAUCUUCUUCUCAAGAACCACUGGGCAGAUUAUCACCAAACUUACACAUAAGGAUGAGGAUAUGUUGUAGAUUAAAAAUUGUUCAAGGCAUUACCCUGGGGCAAAGGGCGUGGUCUCAAGGUCACUUCAAAGUUGACCUAAAUUUAUAUUUCCUUAAAUCUUUGAUAUUUUAGUCAUUAUAAGGACUAGGAUCAUCAAAUUUUGACAGUUGAUGCAUCUUAGGACCUUGUGUCAAGUUGUCUCAAAAGUAGGUCACGGUGACCUACUUUUUGAAUUUUGCAGACCUUAUUUAUUUUAAAAUUAAUUUUGAUGCAUAUCUUGGACACUUUGAAGCCUAUGAUCAUCAAAACUUGUCAGUUGGUGGAUCAUGGGACCUUGAAAUGCGUCAACUGAAAAAUAGGUCACCUUGACUUACUUUCUGAAUUUUAUGGCUUAUCAUUUAUAGAUAUAUUUUAAGUUGUUAUUUCAAAUACCGAGAGGUUUAGAAUCAUCAAAUCUUGUAAGUUGAUGCAUCUUGAGGCCUUGAAACAUAUUUAUAAAAAAGUAGGUCACAGUGACCUACUUUUUGAAUUUUGCAGAUAUUCAAAUUUCACAUUUUCAAUUUUAGAUGCAUAUUUUGGGCACUGUAAAACCUAGGAUCAUCAAACUUUGUCAGUUGAUGCGUCUUCAGUCUUCGGUUUGUGUCGACCAAAAAGUAGGUCACCGUGACCUACUUUUGGUAUUUGACAGCUAAAUUACUAUAUUUCAGACACUAUUUGACCUACAAUCAUCAAACUUUGACAGUUGAUGCAUCUUGAGUCUACGGAGUGUGUCGACCAAAAAGAAUGUCAGAUGCCCAUCGUUUGGUGCUGGUCACCGUGCUUGGCGUUAAUGACUCACAAUUUUUGUAUCCAAGCUGUGAGAAGUGCUUCACCAAACAAACCAAAGAUAGAGACUCUAGAUGGCUUUGUUUCAAAUGUGGUGCAGAAUGUGCUGAGGAGAAGUUAAUAUGGCGGUUUCGCGUCUCCUUGAGAGUCAGCGAUUCAUCUGCUGUUUGCAAUGUUUGUGUGUUUGGAGCGUCUCUGGACCAGUUCUUUGGAGACAAGGCAGAUAAAUUUCACAGGAACAUCAUAAAAUUUGCCAAAGAUCAUAGCAAUGCAGAAGAAAUUGUGCUUAGUGCAGUGCAGGAAAUUUUUGUUGGCAAUUCAUUUUAUCUCGGAAUGAAAGUUACAGUGUGCAGCAGUGGCAAAUGUGUUACGCUUUUGGAUAUUCUGAAAUACUGUGAUCAUGACAUCCCAACUUAUGCACAAGAACAAGAGAAUCCCGGGACAUCAUUAAUAGCUAAUCAAAUUAUCCCAGUUGUGGGAAAAUCUAACACUGAUGUAUCAUCUGUUAUCAGAGCUGUUUUAAAAUGUAAGGACAGCAAUAUAGAAAAUUGUUCUAGGAAAAAAUCAACUCAAAAAUAUUAUUCUCUUUUGCCAAAAAAAUUCAGCCAGGAAGAACCUUUAGAAUCAUCACUGUUUAGCCAACCGACUAUUUGUUUAAGCUGUGAUUCCACAGACCACCCGAGUUGUGACGAUUCUAAAUUUAUAAGUGGAGGAUCCAAUUUCUGUCAUAGUAAAUCUGGACAAGGUCCACAUCAUUCAGUUAUUGAUACCAUACUCCCUAAAUCAACUAGUAACUGCGAAAGUGUUCAACUAUCAAAAAAGAAGACUGGUCUAAAUUUAACAUAUGAUGAUUUCAAGCAAGAAGUUGGUUCAUCUGACAGUAUUCCUUCACAUUCCAGUAAAAAAGAAAAUUUCCACGAUUCACGAGGAAGCAUUGAGAAUAGGGAGGAGUGUGAUUCCAUUGUAAAUACUUCUUAUGAUUUGUUUGAUUCGCCACACCCACUUAAACAGGAGCCGCCAGACUCGCCUUGCGCGUACCCAUGUAAAAAAUAUUCCAAAAUUAAUACUGAUAAUUUAGAGCCUCUUUUCCCUUUGAAAGUGAACAAUUUUCAGAGGAAUGUCAAACGUUGUCCAAAAUAUGGAGUUCAAAGCUGUAGUGAAUUCUCUCAAGACAUAUCUACCCCCAGUCCAGUACACAAAAUGACGUGUACAUCAGCUUAUAAACACAGAGGCAGUUACAAUAUGAAAAAUCUUUCUUCAUCAAAAUAUUCAAGCAGAAAAAGACCCUCAAGCAUUUCACCACGGUUAGAGGGGGAGGAGGUUGCCAGUGAUGUCCUUACAGAGUCCGUAAGAGAGGUGGAAUCACCCCUGUUGUUCUCCGAUACCAGCUGUGACGUUUCUGUUACGUCACCAAACUCGGAUUGGGAGGAUAAUAGCACUUCCUUGUUGUCUCCGGACGUAUUUACAUCGACGCCUGGACAGUCCUCCAUGCAGAAGAAGAUUUUACCCCCCUAUCUGGUCAAACGCAUCUUCAAAGACUGAAGCAUUACUCUUGUUAAUUAUAAAAUUGUUACUGUAUCAUCCUCAUCAUGUGAUCUGUAAUUCCUUGAUUUUUAAUUAAGUGCCAGUUAGGACCCCAGGGUGAAAAUCCAGAAGCCUUAUAGAAAUCGCAUUGUCUGUCUGUCUGUCUUUUAUAUCUUUCUUUGUGACACAAUAUCCUUACAACAUGCCUUCAACCUCCAUCUUUUCUAUGCUUUCAAAGUUUUCAACAUAGCUUUUUUCUAUUUUAUACAAGUGUAGUUGAUGACUAAUGAAAGACAUCUGUAGAUCAUUAAGCAAUUGUUCUUGGCAGGGUCUUGUAUUUAUGAGUCUAUUUUCUAGUAAUUUUUAAAAUUUGCAUGUACAUUGUAUAAGCAGGUUGUUUUUAAAAUAGUACCAUUUUUUACUUUAUUUACAUGGUGGUUGAAGGGAAUGAAUUGUCCUGACCCUCCCCCCCCCCCCCCCCCUCCCAGGUAUCAGGAGUUUCCUAUCUUGUAUGUGUGGUAUGCAUGCAAUUUAAGAGAACAUUAUAUAAACACUGCUACCAUCUUCACGAGUCGAGGGUUAUUGAUGCUAGGACCCUUGACUUGUGAAGAUGCACUGCUACUUCAUUUUCAAAAUAUGGACAACACAAGAACAAUUUUACAUGUAUGUAUUCUUUUCCAUACCAUACCCUAUCAUGUUGACCCAAUACUCCAAGGUCAUCCCAAGGGUUUAUAUUGGUCAACAUACCCCGUCAUAUCCACCCAAGGUCCGCCUGAGGGUUUAUAUUGGUCAACAUACCCUGUCAUAUCCACCCAAGACUCCAAGGUCAUCCCGAGGGUUUAUAUUGGUUGAUUGGGGUGUAGUAAUGGAUGUGAAUUUUUCACUCAUGUUGAAUUUAUUACCAAGUAAUAACGUACGGAAAUGAAAUAAAAUGGAAACAAUGUUAAAUAUAUCAA